AUGCGGAUCAUCAUCGUAGGCGCAGGUCUUGGCGGACUGAGCGCUGCCAUCUGCUUCGCUAGGAAGGGUCAUGAUGUCGAGGUCCUGGAACAGCGCGACAGCAUUUCGCCUGCGGGGAGCGGGAUAAAUAUACGACCACCCGCAUCCAAGAUAAUGCAUACGUGGGGCCUCAGGCCGGAUCUCGAGCGCAUCAGCGUGGAUACGGCGGGCAACUGCUUCCGCAGCCUGCAAACCGGCGCGGUGGCUACCAAGACUGUCGCAACUGAUGUAGCAGACGAUCCAGAUUGGGGGACGAUGCGAAGUGUGGUGAUCAAGGUACUCGAACGCAGAGCCGCCGAGGCAGGGGCCACGCUCACCUUCAACUCGACUGUGGUCACAGCAGAGGACGAGGAGGCUGGCCCAGUCCUCAUCUUGGAGAACGGCUCGAGAAUGCAAGCAGAUCUCGUGCUGGCCUCGGAUGGGAUACGCUCCGGUAUAAGAGCGCAGAUUUUGAGGGACAUACAAGAUCCAGUCGAACCUUUAUUGAGCGAUAUCACAUUGUACGGAGUUCAGCUGGGCAAAAAUGAAAUGGACGGCGUCAAAGAGUUUGAGCAACUUAUAGGGUCACCUUACCUCAACGUAUACAUGGGAAACGAAUCGUUCGUCGUGAGCAGAUAUACACCCAAUUUGGAGACUCAUGGAUGUCUUUUCGGGAUCAAGGGCCAAACGGAUCAGAAAGCACUCUGGGAUGAGAAAGGGGAUAUCGACUACAUUCGCCGAUUUUUCCGCGGAUCCUGCCCAGAAAUGCGCAAGGUCUUGAGGUUGUGCACGACGUGUGACAGGUGGAGGCUAGCUGAACUGCCCGAUUUGCCGCGAUGGACCAGCAGGAACGGAAGGAUCGUGCUUCUCGGAGACUCUGCACACGCAAUGCAUCCAAACGCUGCUCAAGGGUUCUCCCAAAUUGUCGAGGAUAUCGGAGUUCUAGAGUUUCUCAUCUCCCAAGAUGCCCAUGCAUCUAUAAAUAUGAGGACCAUAACGGGUGACUGGGAACGCAUCAGAAAGCCUAGAGUCGAGCGUAUCAAGAAAUGGGCGAGGACAAACAGCGACAUCUUCAUCGGCCAGCCCGUGACUGGGACCAAGCAGGCCGACAAUUGGCACAUCAAAUCGCUGAAAAAUACGAAGCCAGAUAUGAAUGCACACUUCAAUAGCUCAGCCUUCCUGAAAUGGGCGCAGUGCUAUGAUGCUAUUGGCGAGGUAAGCUAA